UAUUAAAAAUAAAAUAAAAUAAAAUACUAAUAAAUAUAUCGGAGGCUAGUAAGGUUAAAUUGUUAAGCCCUUUUCUUCUACCACUACCACACGCCUUUUUCUGGCUUUCUCGUUCACUCUCUCUAGUUCUUCACAGUAGCGAAAAUGUUGUUUUUCUCGUAUUUCAAAGAUUUGGUGGGAAGAGAAGUGACGGUAGAACUCAAGAACGAUUUGGCCAUCAGAGGGACAUUGCAUUCUGUUGAUCAAUACCUCAACAUCAAGCUCGAAAAUACUCGUGUUGUUGAUCAAGACAAGUACCCUCACAUGCUUUCUGUAAGGAACUGCUUCAUCAGAGGAUCGGUGGUGAGAUAUGUGCAAUUGCCUCCAGAAGGUGUGGACAUUGAACUAUUGCACGAUGCUACAAGGAGAGAGGCCCGGGGUGGUUGAUUUUGUUAUUCUUGUAAUUUAUCGUACGAGACAUCUAUAGGCUGGAAUAUCAUAGAUGUUAUAAUUCCUGCUUAAGAAGGAAACUAUUAGAAUGUCAAUGCUAUGUAACUUAAAGAAUUUUUCUGCUUUACCGUGACAAAGUAAAUUAUGCAUCUAUUAAAAAAUGCGAUAACAAAAUUAUGGAAAACAGUUGUAUAUGUGCAAUGUUUAGUACAUCCUGCAUCUGAAGUGAUGAUUGACAUAUUUGUUUACUCUA